AUGCCCGUCCGAUAUACACCACGAACACCCGACUGGGUCAAGACUAGAAAGCCAGUCGCCGACUACGACUCUGAUACCGACUCCGACACCUACACAAUAAGCGACACCGAAAGCAUAGCCUCUUCCACCUCCACAUCCUCAACAAUCACAUCCCUCUCCACGCACGCCGACGCAGAACAGGACCCAACGCUUCUCAUUCCCCUCCGUUUCCGCCCCUCGCUCAUCUACCCACCUGCGCAAUUCACACCCCGCGACAUCGAAGUCCCCCGCGGCCGCUGGGUCUACCUCGCGUGCCCGCACUCGCGGGUGAAAUGCUCAAGUUGCGGCGUUCAUGUUGCACAUACGGAUGCGAUUGUUAUUGCGAUGGAUGGGGCGUGUCGAAGUAAUGGCACUGCCCCUUCUGCUAAACCGGUUUCGUCGCUGGGUGUUUUCUGCGGGUUCGCGAACCCGUAUAAUCGCGUUCAGAGGCUUACGGAUGAGGAUGUGGGAGAAAGGCAUACGAGCCAAGUUGCGCAAUUGAAAGCUUGUGCGAGGGCGCUUUGUCAGGCGGGCUUGAUUGGGGAGGAUCGCGCGCUCGGGUCUGCCGAUGGACACAGCUAUGGGCGUGCACAUGGACAGGGACGCGAUGUUCGAUUAGUUGUCAUCAAGUCCGACUCGGAGUACAUCGUCCGCGGGGUGACGGAGCUGAUGCCGCGGUGGAAGGCGAAUGGGUGGAUGAAUUCGAGGGGCGUGGAGGUUGCGAAUGCAGAGGCAUGGAGGCUUGUCGAUCGGUUGGUGUGUAGUCUGAGGGGCGAUGGGAUUGCGGUGCGGUUUUGGCUUGUUCCCAAGGGGAUGAAUCGGCAGGCGAGUGGGAUGGCGCGGAGUGCACUUACGUUGGGACAGAUUUGCUAG